CGGCAGUCUUCGGCUGUGGGUUUCUCCAAGUCUGAGGCUCGCGGGAGACCCGAGGGGGCGCGCUGUCGCCCCGCGUGUAAUCGAGGCAGGGUGGGGUCCGCAGGACGUUAGCGGUUCCUGCUCUGUCGGAGGAAGAGGACCGAUUAGAAGGAGGAGCGGCUUUUGGAGAGGAGGGUGGAGAGCUGGAGCUGGAGGUGCCCUGGCAGGAGAGGGCACCCUGUUUCCCGAAGGAGGGAGUGCAACUGGACUGGCCUCUGUAGGGGAGGGAUUGAAAGGGUAAUUCCUCUCCUGCAAUUACUUUUGGAUGGAAAUAUGCUUUUUUUCCAGUAGAAGAUGGUAAACUUGGAGAAUGACCAUGGAGAAGGGGAUGAGUUCUGGAGAAGGGCUGCCUUCCAGAUCAUCUCAGGUUUCGACUGUUAAAAUAACAGCCAAAGAGUUGGAAACAAAGCAGUUCCAUAAAGAGAAGCGAGGGGGCUUUGUGUUGGUACAUGCAGGUGCAGGUUAUCAUUCGGAAUCCAAAGCCAAGGAAUAUAAACAUGUAUGCAAACGAGCUUGUCAGAAGGCAAUUGAAAAGCUACAGGCUGGUGCUCUUGCAACGGAUGCAGUGACUGCAGCUCUGGUGGAACUUGAGGAUUCUCCUUUUACAAAUGCAGGAAUGGGAUCUAAUCUAAAUCUCCUGGGUGAAAUUGAAUGUGAUGCCAGCAUAAUGGAUGGAAAAUCCUUAAAUUUUGGAGCUGUUGGAGCAUUGAGUGGAAUCAAGAACCCAGUCUCAGUUGCGAACAGACUCUUGUGUGAAGGGCAGAAGGGCAAGCUCUCUGCUGGCCGGAUUCCUCCCUGCUUUUUAGUUGGAGAAGGAGCCUACAGAUGGGCAGUAGAUCAUGGAAUACCUUCUUGCCCUCCUAACAUCAUGACCACAAGAUUCAGUUUAGCUGCAUUUAAAAGAAACAAGAGGAAACUAGAGCUGGCAGAAAGGGUGGAAACAGAUUUCAUUCAACUAAAGAAAAGAAGACAAUCAAAUGAAAAGGAGAACGACUCAGGCACUUUGGACACAGUGGGCGCUGUGGUUGUGGACCACGAAGGGAACGUUGCUGCUGCUGUCUCCAGUGGAGGCUUGGCCUUGAAACAUCCAGGGAGAGUUGGGCAGGCUGCUCUUUAUGGAUGUGGCUGCUGGGCUGAAAACACUGGAGCUCAUAAUCCCUACUCCACAGCUGUGAGUACCUCAGGAUGUGGAGAGCAUCUUGUACGCACCAUACUGGCUAGAGAAUGUUCACACGCUUUACAGGCCGAGGAUGCUCACCAAGCUCUGCUGGAGACUAUGCAAAACAAGUUUAUCAGUUCACCUUUCCUGGCCAGUGAAGACGGUGUGCUUGGAGGAGUGAUUGUUCUUCGAUCUUGCAGAUGUUCUGCAGAGCCUGACUCCUCCCAAAAUAAGCAGACACUUCUAGUGGAGUUCCUGUGGAGCCACACGACGGAGAGCAUGUGCGUUGGCUACAUGUCAGCCCAGGACGGGAAAGCCAAGACUCACAUUUCCAGACUCCCUCCCGGUGCGGUGGCAGGACAGUCCGUGGCCAUUGAAGGUGGGGUGUGCCGCUUGCAGAGCCCAGUGAACUGAACCUUCAAGCUGAGCAUGAAGCACCUGAGGGCAUUUCAGAACCUGAGCUUUCUGUAUUUUUAACAGAAGUUGGAUGUCCUGUCCUAUCGUCUUCAUUUUAUAACUCCUAUUGCAGCCUCGCACACCGCUGGCGACACUAGUGCUGCCACAGUGAGUGCCAGUGACACGCUGGCCUUUGGUGGGCGGGUGGGCUGAGUGCACGAGUGUGUGCAUGUGUGCGUGUGCAAUGUGUGUGUGUGUGUGUGUGUGUGUGCAGCGUGAGUGCUUGCUUCUCCCUGAUGAAAUAGAAACUCCCCUAUAUUGCAUAACCUAAGACCAGGAAUGAGUCAAUCAUCUUUACAAAAUGUGUGCUUUAACUGUUUACAAGUCAAACCUAAAGUUGCAGGAAACAUUUUUUAUUUCGUAAAGAGGUACCAACUGUCGUCGAUGUAAUGUGUCUGAAUUGAAGGGUAAAUCUGCUUGUUUAAAUGACUUGACAGUGGUAGUGCUCCAUUUAGUAACAGUAAUAAGUGAUAAAGUGUUUUUAUUUGUUAACCAGUUUAAGUGGAUCCUGUGGUGACUUAAACUGUUAUUCUCAUCCCUCAUAUGGGGCAUUUUUCUUUAACAAAGAAUGGUUUCAGUGAAACAAUCUAGCAGAGAAUCAAGGUCAGAACCUUUUAAAAUAAUAGUCUUAUUGACAAAGUUUGUACUUCUUCCCUCAAGCCUUUCUAAAUGUAAUAGCUUCGAGCUGUGUGUACUGUAUUAUGAAAGGAUAUAUAAAGAAACCAUACGGUAAUGCAGUCUUUAAUUUGUGUAUAAUGGAAUGUUAUUUACAAUGUAACACUGUAAAUAAGAAAGCAAAAUUUAUGGGAAAAGUCAAUAUUAUCUUUGUUUCUUGUUUAAAUAUAUUUUUAAGGUAAAGGCACAAAAAUAAAAGAUGCAUAUUACUGGGUAUAGUGUGUGACUCCUCAGACUAAUAAAUUAUCUUUUGAAUCCUA